AUGCAGUCUCGUAACUUUUGGUUGCAUAUGAUUCAAGCAGAGGUGUUCAAGCAAGAACUUUACUUACUCAAGUCAAACAAGAGGUUAUCAAGAAACAGCGCUCUGAUAUCAUUAAAUCCAUUCCUAGACGCAAAUGGUCUACUCCGCGUUGGCGGAAGAUUGGAGCAUUCUCAUCUACCAUUUCAAUCCAAACAUCCAGUUCUACUAGCUGAUCAUCCAAUUACUACAAUGCUCAUUCGCUACACGCACAUAGCCUCGCUGCACGCCGGUCUUCAGUCUACCCUGUCUAAAAUUCGCCAAGAAUUUUGGAUUAUAAAAUCUAGGCCUUUAGUUAAAUCAGUUAUCUACAGGUGCGUUCGAUGCACGCGAGAAAGAGCUCAGGUAGCCAAUCAGUUAAUGGGUCAACUCCCAUCAACUCGAGUCUCAACGCCAACGAGGGCGUUUUUGCACAGCGGCAUCGAUUAUGCCGGUCCAGUGCUCAUUCGAGCCUCUGCUGGUCGAGGAAUCACCUCACGAAAGGCUUACAUAGCCGUUUUCAUAUGUUUGGCAACUCGAGCCAUUCAUCUCGAGUUGGUCAGCGAUUAUUCAACGCCAGCAUUUUUGAACGCAUUUCAACGAUUUUGCGCCAGACGAGGCUUGCCAGCAGUUAUGUAUUCGGAUAACGGUACAACAUUCACAGGAGCCGAUAAAGAGCUAUCCCGCGCGUAUCGGGAUGCUCAACGCAAUACGGAUUUUCUCAAUUUAAUCGCAACAGAUAGGAUCACUUGGAGUUUCAUCCCGCCUCAUGCUCCUCAUUUUGGAGGACUAUGGGAGGCAGGAGUGAAGAGUGUCAAACACCACCUUCGUCGAAUUGUAAGCUCACACGCAUUGACAUUUGAGGAGUUCACGACAGUGUUGUGCAAAAUUGAGGCUAUCCUCAACUCAAGGCCGCUUUCUCCACUCAAUGAUACUCCAGAUGACUACGAGUUCCUGACCCCAGGUCACCUUUUGAUUGGGACUGCCAUUACUACGAAUCCGGAACCUUCCGUUCUACAAUUGAACGAAAACAGAUUGUCGCGAUGCAACCAAAUGCCUGUUAUUGUUCAAUAUGUAAUCACUGAAUCUCACUCGAAAAAUCAUUAA